ACAAAAAAAAAUUAGGAAUGCUUUUUAAAUAGUUUGAAAAACCACUGUAGGAAAGGGUACAAUACAGUGGAGCAAAAGGGACUAGAAACCCUUCCAUACAAGCCAAAGCUACUGAAAAGCCCGGGGGCCAGCGUAGGAGUGGAGGGUGGUGUCGCUAGAGGAGGGACCUGGAGAGGCGGAGAAGAGGAGGCGAGUGUGACAAAGGUGAAUGGCCGAAGGGCGGAGGGUUUAGGAAACGUCCUUCAUUGGCUGUCUGGUCAUCUAAGCGUUUGAGGGCCAGGGGGAGUGACUAAGCCUAAGCUUUAUCAAGAAGGGCCAGUGUCCAGGGUUCCUUCCCAGACAAACCCAGGGUUCCUUCCUUCCUCACUGCUCCCCAUGGCUUUUCAGGAAUCCACGGUGCCUGAUGUCUAUCAGGCGAAUUUUGAACCCACAGCCUACCUGGACUACUUCAAGUUGGGCCAGAAUCCUUUGAGUGAUGAAUUCCUCCAUUUUCUGCUAAAACACUACAAUGCCACUUUUAAAUCAGCAGGUGGACUGAAAGGCAAACUCCUGAUUGACAUUGGCUCUGGGCCCACCAUUUAUCAGCUUCUCUCCGCCUGCGAGUCUUUCCAGGAGAUCAUCGCCACCGACUACACAGACAAGAACCGCCUGGAGCUGGAAAAGUGGCUAAAAAAGAUGCCAGGGGCAUUUGACUGGUCUCCAGUGGUGAAAUACGUAUGUCAGCUUGAGGGGAGCAGAGACAAGUGGGCUGAGAAGGAGGAGCGGCUAAGGAGAACUGUCCGCCAGGUGCUCAAGUGUGACAUUCUGAAAGAACGGCCCCUGGAACCCGCAGUCCUGCCUCCCGCCGACUGCCUCAUUUCCUUGCUGUGCCUCGAGGCUGCCUGCCCCACCCUGGGGGCCUGCCGGGCAGCCCUGCGCCACCUCAGGACCCUGCUCCAGCCCAGGGGCCAUCUGGUGCUGAGCGGGGGCUUUGAGACCACCUUUUACAUGGUGGGUGACAAGAGGUUCUCCGCACUGCCCCUGGAGGAGAAAUUCCUGCUGGAGGCCCUGCAGGAGACGGGCUUCACCAUUGAGAAGCUGGAGAAGGCUCAGCAGCCUGCUGAGGGCUCAGACGACCGCUCAGACUACACGGGAAUGUUCUUCCUUGUGGCCCGGAGAAGGGACUGAUGCAGCAGACCUGGAAGGAGCCAGGAGCGAGCAGGGGCAGACUGCCACCUGUCAUUCUGCCACCUCAUUUGCUUGCCUCUUCAUUUAGCCAGUUUCAUUUAGAACUCUUACCAGCAAAUGCUUUUAGAGUCUUAUUGUACAUGAUUGCCAGGUAAACAGGGAUGUUUAGCUCAAACAGAGAGGUUUAUGAUAUACUCCACUAAUAGCCGAGGGUUGGGGAAAGAAUUGGACCAGAGAAAUAAAGCUGUGCCUCCUCUGGUUUUGAGGGCUCCUCAGGGUUGUGUGGAGUGAAGAGGGUGGAGUCCCCCACGAUCUCCUAUUUUAGAUAAUUCGGGACUGCACAGCUUCUGAGCUCAUCCACCCGCUGUAUCCUCACCCCGCUAAUGCUGCAGCCCCGCCCCAGGAGAGGAAAAGAACACAGGCCCCGUGUCAGGAGACACGGAUUUGAUACUUGGCUCUCUGGCUAACUUGUUCUUGUGACUUUAGCUGGAUUGUCAAUAUCUCAGAGCCUCAGUUUCCCCAUCUCUGAAAUGGAGAUAAUAACAUCCCUCCCCAGGGUUAUUAUGAGACCCGAAAAAUAUAACAUGAAUACACUUGGUAGAGAACUACCUGAACACUGUGUGUGUACAGGUUUUGGCUGACCCUAUAUAUGCGUGUAAUAAGCAGUUCUGAAGAGAGCUUGAGAAGUUGUUUUCCCUCUUUGUCCACUGGAACCCACCUAACCCAGUUUGGGACAGGGAUGGGGCACUUGGGAAAGACUUUUUCAAGAAAUCAGCAGCAGAUCAGAGAGAUCUAAAGGGUGGCCACGAGUCAGCCAGGUGAAGGAAGGGGAAUGAAGAGCAGGAACUCCCAGGAGCAUGUGCCGAGACCCCGAGGGAGUUAACAUACUGUGUUUGGUGAACUUCAAGAAAAACUGAAGACACUUGGGUACAAAGGUUAGGGCCCUGUCCCUCUAGGGCACUGUUAACACACUGGGCACCUGGCAUGGUAGGAUAGGCCAGCCCUUCAAGGGGGCAGAGAAAUGCCAAAGCUGUGACAGUUGGUAGGGGGCGGGAGGUGGGCAAACAGGGAAUUUACUCAUUCAACAAAUAUUUGUCGAGUGCCUACGUAAAGCUAGGCACUGUGCUACAUGUCAGAACCUUUGCCCAGGUCUGGGCCUCACACUAAACAUGGUUGCAACAUCUAA